CGGAGUACUUCAAACUAAAGCCUAAAGCACCUCAUCGGCCUCCAAACUUCCACCAUCGAACAGUCUUUUUCCUCCUCUCCGCCACAGAAGCAAUCGAGGAGGUACAACUUGGAGACGAAAUCUCCAGCCUCGCCCUCAUUCACGCACAGAGACUCAAUGAAUUACUGGCUCUGGCAGUUGUAAUCGUUGCUUCGGCAGCUAUAAUCGGUAGAUUAGGGGCUAUUGAUUCCAUCGUCGAUGAGUUUAAUUCGGUCGUUGCAGGAGGCGGAGAAGGCGGGGCGGUCAUAAGGUCUAGACUUCUGGAGUAUGUCAUGAGGAUGCUGUUGCAGAGAAUGAACCGAUGGGGACGCCUGUGAUGGCUCUAGCUUUGAGGUCGAUGGAUCAAGCAUCAUAUCCGGCCAUCUCUUAUUCGUUACUCAAUAACCGCCUUCCGCCUUCGUGUUCAUCAUCCGUUGAGUUGAUUGGUCACCUAUCACCCCUCUCUCCAGCAACAAGCAACCUGUAACCUGUAUCUACUAAUGAAGUCCAAAAUUGUUCAAAUGGUUUGGAUUCUCUUUCAUUAGUAAUUUUUACCAUGGCCGUCCUUUGAUAAGUUAUGCAUAGCUUCUUUGAUUUCAAAUCAAGUCUCACUAUAAGUUUACUAAGUUUCAAGCACAUAUUGAUUUGCUAAGACACUCACUUUGACUGCUCUUUAGCUCUACCUUUGAAGAUUAAAUUGAAAUUUGGAGGAAAUUUGGAGUAGGUUUUAACACCACCUUACUGAUCAAAUCAUUUUCAUUCUACUUUUUAUGAUGAUAUCUAAAUGUUACUGGAUAGCACCUCUAAGUACGCAUAUUUGUUCUUUUACAAUGUCGGGCUAUUCAUAAAUGGAAAACUGUUUGAAUCCUAAUAUAACUUUAUUCAAUCUUCUCAAUUGUAAUGGCAUUUUUGAAAGGAAUUCAAAAGGGUAAAUUAUUAAGUUCUUACUUAUGUUCAAAUUUUAUAACAGGUAUAAUAUCCCAAUAAAAGGACAUGGAUGAACUAAAUAUUUGAAUGAAGAGUGAGGUGGUCAUAAGGGCAGAGCACAUGAUUGUAUAUAUUAGUGUUGUUACUUAUAAUUACUACCAUUAAUUUGAUUUUGAUAUAAACAGAACGUGAACUAAUGGUGUGCUUGCACUUUCCUUGGCUUGACUUUGAAAACACCUAUUGAAAGCUAUUACCUGAUCCCCUGGGACUUGCACAUGUUAAAUUUAUUUUAAAACAAUUAAAAGCUCUUUUUGAUGAUUUUUUUUAAAAAGUUGUUUUUGAUUGGGUGGAAGCACAAGCACAUAGCUCAGGUCAUACUGUUCCCUGUGUAGCAAUUGAUGAGGAGUAUGAUUAUGAGCAUUAUGGAUUAAAUAUUGCUUCGUAGCAGCAUCAUUUUCAGUUGCAAAUCCUGGACAGGUAUUGUUAAAGACGUAUAAAAGAGAAAUAAGCACAUGAAGGUGAUAAUAAGAUUGAGAAGAUCAAUGAUGGAAAUAGAACCAAGUCUCAACAACUAUGUGUUAAGAUGCAUAGAAAGAGGAAGAUGUGAUAAGAAGCAGAGCUAAACAAUAUAAUGGUUGGAUGUAAUAAGUAGAAUUAUAUAUUCAUUGUGAAAGUUUAUAUGUUAUUUUUGUUUCUUUUUGUUGUAUUAUAUGUGUUGUAUUUUGUUGCAGCUUGUUGCAUUUUGUUGCAAUUUGUUGAUUUUUGUUCUUGUGUGUUGCAUCAUGUUGCUUAUUGUUAUUUAUAAAUGAAUUUGAUUGUUGUUGUAACUACUUCUUUGGGAUAACGUAAUUAUAUAUAGAUUUAUGUACAA